UCGGAAGCAGGUUCACACGGGUAUUCAGAAGUUCCUACCGAGCCUCUGCCUGCCUCUGAGUUAAGGGUGUUCAACGAACACAUGACUCGGAGGAAGCAUUUCUUAUCGGAUUUCGAGCGGUACAAUCCUGUUCAGAAUAUGCAUGCACUGGCAAACCACGUGUUUGAUCUCUCAGAAAACGUUCAUCGCGUGGGAGACGAAGUUGCAGUGUCGCGCCGCAUGCUGGACAUGGUUGGGAGUCACCAACGAGAGGGAAAUCACAACCUCCGGAUUAUUGGUGAAGACGUUAUCGGAUUGGAAAAGAGAUUCGGAAUUUUAGAGAAGGAAAUUGGACAGUUGAGGGGAAGAGUCGAGGAGACCCAUCGUGAAACCCAGCAGGGGUUUGCCGAGAUCAAGGGCAUGUUGAUGACCCUUGUGGGUGGUAAUGGCGGGUUGCGGGUUUAGGUGUGUACCUGACAUGCCGAUGUCAUCUGGAGCGGGCGAGAUGCAUUAUCUAACGUGGGACAUAGCAUUGGGACGGCGUUUUUGGCUUGGGUUUUUCGUUGCAUAUAUACCAGGGCUAUUUUAUUCAGUUACCUCCUCGGACGUUUCUUGAGACGAUACAUCAGGCGUUUUGGAGAGGAAUUCCUACUUUCACAUAAUAUCACCAUCGAAAGUCGUAAAUAUGUUCAGUUGUUGCUGAUGUAUCAUUCUUUGGCUUUUGCAUGGUUACGGUGUUGUGUGCAAGGGGUAUCAUCACCAUGUGCUAUUGGAGUAUCUGAUCUUUCUGUACCGGUUCUUACUGUUGACUGCUUUUUCGUUUUUCUCUCGUUUGUUGAUUUCUUUCUCUCUCAGAGAACGUCUUAUCCACGGUCUCUUUACAUUCAUUUGCCCGUGACCCGGGAUCGUUGUUGGAAGUGGUUUUGGCGAGAAAGGGGUGGACCCAAUUCUCGCUCUUCUAUUUUUUGUUUUUCGUUUUUUUUUUUUACUUGGCUGGAGUUUCCGCUGAGUUGCUUUGUA